ACACGUCUAAUUUGAAGUUGCCGAAUAUUUUUAUUUUUUCAAAAAAAAGUCAAGUUACUACUUAGUUAAUUAAAUUUGCAAAAAUAUGGCUUGUGAUAAGUUUUUAACAUUCAAUAAUGGUGUAAAAAUGCCGGCUUUAGGAAUUGGUACAUGGCAAGCUCCAGAUGACGAAGUUGAAUUAGCCAUUAAUUUAGCUUUGGAGGCUGGCUAUCGCCAUAUUGAUACGGCUCCUGUUUAUAUGAAUGAAAAAACGAUUGGAAAAGUAUUGAAAGAAUGGCUGGAUUCUGGACGCAUUAAACGUGAAGAACUCUUUGUGACUACAAAGCUGCCACCACCGGCCAUUGUUGCAGAUUAUGUUGAGCCUACUUUACGCAAGUCACUGGCUGACUUGCAAUUGGAUUAUGUUGAUCUGUAUUUGAUACAUGUACCCUUUGGAGUCCUUUUGGAGAAUGGAGAUUUUAAGCGUGAUGAAAAUGGCUUGAUUGCCAUUGAUCCCACUACUGACCAUGCAGCAGUAUGGAAGAAAAUGGAGCAUAUUUAUAAAUUGGGUCUGGCAAAAGCUAUUGGGUUAUCAAAUUUCAACAUCAAACAAAUUGAAAAUGUUUUAGAUAAUUGUAAUAUUAGGCCAGCCAAUUUGCAGAUCGAACAUCAUAUUUACUUACAACAACCCGAAUUGGUUGAUUUCUGCAAGAAUGAGGGCAUUACUGUUACCGCCUAUUCGCCAUUGGGCUCAAAAGGUAUUACCAAUUUAAAUAAGAUGGCUGGUGUUGAACGGGAAUUGCCCGAUCUAAUGGAUGUAUUGAUAGUUAAAGAAAUUGCUGAAGCUCAUGACAAGACACCAGCUCAAGUACUACUACGUUGGAUUAUUGACUCCGGCCUAUCGGCCAUACCGAAAAGCACCAACCCCGAGAGAUUGAAGCAAAAUCUAGAUAUUUUUGAUUUCAAAUUGACCGAUGAUGAAAUGGAGAAAAUGAAAUCAUUGGAUGCUGAUGUGCGCAUUUGUGAUUUUAAAUUUUUCCCCGGAGUUGAAAAGCAUCCUGAUUUUCCUUUCUAAGUAUUUGAUAUGAUAUUAAUAUGAAACUUAUUAAUUAAAUUAUAAAAAAUUGUUAAAAUUAGGGCACGCUUGUUUUCAAAUGUUUCAUAUUUAAUCACACUCAUGUAGUAUUUAUUUAAAAAAAAAAUAAUUAAAUAAAAACGUUUAAAAUAAUAAAAAAAA